AUGUCCACACAACGCAAGAAACAGAGCAAAUACAUCUGUACCUGCCAGAGGUUCUGCCACGCUCGACUGCCUGAAGGCAAAACAGUUUCAAGGACCAUAUACUACACACAUGCAAAGCAGAGAGAGUUGGAAAGUGGGCUCACCAUAGAGGAAUUGCAGAAAGUCGAGGGUAGAACUAGAAGGAAAAAGCAGAGAACUUCGUAUAAUUAUCCUCAAUCCACUCCAAGAGAGAUAGAAGAAGACACAAUUCAACACUCCUCCGAGGCAAGCCCCAGUAACGAAAAUGUCGGAGAGGGAGCAGAUACUGGAAUAAGCGGCUUGGGCCUUGACAAUAAUACUGGGAAUUCAUGCAAUUACGACGAAGGAAGUUACGAUGACCUUGACGAUGACCCGGACAGCAUCGAGAACGACUACGGCGAAGCUGCUUCAGCUUGA